GAGCUGCCUGUUUUCCUGUAAGAGCUCGUCCCAAGCAGGCUCUGAACUCCCAAUUCUACAGUGUCAUCCUGGGACUGGCUGACAUUACAGACCUCUGACAUCAAGUCCAGCUUGUUUCUUUCAUUUAUGGUGCAUUGCAAUGAAGUGACUGCUGGCAAAGGUGACUAUAGUUUGGAAGAUCUCAAUAAGUGCAAUUCAGACUGAUCCAGGCCAAUACUACAUGAAUAACACAGACUCUGCUUUGUUGGCCACUCUCAAAUGUUCUUCUUCAAGAAGCCUUUCUUGGCACCUUUAUGUGCUACCACCUUAGGUGCCAUCCCCGCCUUCCUCAGAGCCCAGCACUCCCUCUGCAGUGCUGCAGUGUACCCAACCACGGCUGGAACUACGUCUACCAGCAACAGGAACCAUUAGUCACAGGGAAACUACUUUGUGCUAAAAAAUAGCCCUCAUCAAAACAACCCCACAAGACAAUGCUGGUAGGAAUAUUUUUCAUACAUCAAGUGGAGUGCAGAUGCAAAUCGAAACUCGCAGGUGCUGCAUUGUAAGAGAUACUGCACAAAAGGAAACACUGCAGCAUCUUUGGAAACACAGGAGCACAAAUCCUCAUGGAGAGAAGCCAGGGAGACCCUGUGCAGGCCCAACUCCUCUACCAAGAGGUUUGCUCAGCAGCUCAGCACCUGGAUCUUUUCCUUCGGAGAGCAAAUGCCCACAAAGAGGUGUUCAAGCCGCACAUGCAGGCACUCAGAGAAGUGGUUCAGCAAGCCUGCAUUAAGCUCAUGUUUCUGCACCCGGUGGCCUAUGGACGGAAGGCAGAAGAGCUGUUGUGGAGGAAAAUGUACUCUGACAUCUUCAUGUUGCUCAUGAAGGCCAACAGGAAGCACACAGACACGUUCAGACACUGGGGAGGCCCUUUGCAGGCCCACCUGAUGGGCGGCCUCAAGUUCUAUGAGCAUCUCUUCCUGUUCCUUCAGGGUCACUACGAACUGAGGCUGCAGAGCUACAUCGACUGGCCCCACAGCACAAUCCGCUUGAUUGGCUGUCAGAAAGCAGGACCUGCGUCAGAGGAAGAGACCACCUGGGCCCGCAUGGCCUGCCAUCGCUGUCUGCUCUACCUUGGAGACUUGUUCCGCUACCAGAAUGAGUUCCUAGACAUGGACACCAAGAACUUGGCAGAGAGAUGCUAUUACCGAGCCCUGUCAGUGGCCCCACGCAUGGGAAUGCCUUUCAACCAGUUGGGAGCUCUAGUGGGAAGCAAAUACUAUGACCUUGAAGCCACAUACUUCUAUCAGUGCUGUCUCCACUCAGAAGUGCCUUUCAAAGGGGCGGCUUGGAACCUGAAACGUCUCUAUGACCGAGCUGGGGAAAGGUACAGCUGUCUGGAAAGGUACCGGGGGAGGGUCCUGUCUCGCAGCCAGCGGCAGUGCUGGGACAACAAAAGGCUGCUGGUCAGCUUCCUCUACCUUCAGAGCCUCCUCCAGCCCCAGAGGAAAUUCAAAGCCGCCAGGUUAAUAGCCCUGUGUCAGCUGGUUCUAGAAGACUUUCGUCUCUGUCUUGCCUACCGACCAUGCCCGUCUGGCCAGUGCCAAGCUUCCACAGAAGGGAAGGCCCCAAAAGGCUACCUGUUUCUCCCGGACUUCCUCAUCUCCCACAUGGUGGUUCUUUGCCUCAUGAAUGUGCACAGCCUAAGGAAAACGGGCUCAAAACAGCACAAGCCAGCAGUCAUGUUCACUUUGACACUUUUCUCUCAUCUAAUUCAACACGUGAAUACACGAAUCCAUGCUCAGCUGCACAAGGAGAAGCUGACUCCAGAGGUGGCUCCCCCGAGGCAUGGAUCCUGGAAGAAAGAUACAGGAGAGGUCAGGCUCCCCCUCAGCAAACCCCAGAGAAGCCAUACAUGGUCCUGUGUGUCUAGUGAGGGUUACAACUCUGAGGCCAGUUUUCAUUCUUGCUGUGACUCAGAUGAGACAGAGGAUGAGGAAAAUACUUUCUUAAGUUCCCAGGGUCACUCAGACACAAGUAGUGAAACUUCAUACUCAGAUACAAGUGAUGAAGAAGGGAGUUGUUCCCUGACGCCAUCAGCAACGCAGGAACAUGGAGUCAGAGCCACACCAAAAGCUGCUGACUCCAGGAGUAAGCUGAAGGCAUUUACACCUCCCAACAGACUCUUAGAGCUCUUGAAAACAACUAUUUCUGCCAAGCAGCCAGCUCCAUUGAGCCAAAAGCUCCCCAGUAAACACGGCUUGCACAUGGCUCCUGUCAUUAGUCACAGUGUUGUGCCACCCCAGUCUGAUCUGAGCCCUGACCUCAGCAGUUCUGGCACUGAGGGCGAUGUGAGUGGCUUUCCUGACACAGAGUUCCAUACGCGUUCCUGUGUGGGGCAGCAGCCGGCCAUCGGCCAGUGUCACAGCGAUCUUCAGAGCAUUCGAAGGAAACUGGAGAUCUUGUCUGCGGAGGGGCUGCUGCCCAUCAUCAAAGUGAUCCUGAGCUGGCUCCGCAGCAACCACGGUCUCCUUUCACCACACUUGCGGAGCUCUCUUAGCCUGUGGGACCAUCUCUGUGUGCUGCUGAACCUGCUGCCCUCCAUGGGAGACCUUCAGCAGCCUGGUCUCGGCCUGUCCCAUCAUUUGCAGAACCUUCUGCGGAGCUUUCAGCAGCCACAUGCUCCCAGGUUCCUGCAGCUUCCCGAGGACACUGCUGUGCUCCAGCAGACACCAGCCAAAGCCUCCCAGGAGAGCUCGGGCUCAGAGCCGGAGCUGCCUUCGCUCAGCGUCCAGGAGGAAGCCAUUGUGCGCAUAUGUUUCCUCAGAAGUUUUGGCCACUUUGCAACCAGACUUCCCGGACAGCUCUUGAGGUUUGACUCUAAGCUAGGUGUCUUUGUGAGCAGCACUGAAAGAUCAGAAAACCCCUCUGAGCAGCUUCCAAGGGAAACUGCCAGGAUCAGGUUUUCCAAAGACAUUGUUCAGCUCUGGCUUCAGCGUGAGGUGGCGUUGCUAGAGAAAACCCUGAGGGGUCCCCAGACUCGGUCAGCUUUGACUCCUUACUUAUUCCCUGACCCCAGGGCCCUCUGUGAACAUCUUCUCGUCAUCCAACAACUCGCCACCAGUGGUAAGUUUUUUCUCAUCAUACCCAAGAUUGUGGUGGACACGCUGUACAUUCUGAGGGGGGAAGACAGCAGGGCCUUGGAGGCCAUUGCCUUCCUAGAGGAUGAGCUGAAGAGGAGAAACCAGUACAUUCUCUGCCAGUCCUUUGUAUCCAAGAGACUGCUGAGACCUAGGAUGACCAGGGCAGACUCGGAUGCCUGGGACCUCUACAACAUUCUUGACUUCUGCCAAGGGCUGCUGGACACAUCGAGGCCAGGAACACCAGAUCCCAGCAGUAUGGUGACUAUCAUCACUGGUGUCUGUUUGGAUAACCCCAGGAAUUUCUCCUACCCACUGCAGCUGGUGCUGGGGAUGGCCACUGAAGCUGGUGUCGAGAUCAAGAACAUCCUGGGCUUCCACAGAGAAUGGAAGGUCAUCAGUUGACGUGUUCACAUCUGUCUUGUUCCACCUUCUUCGGCCAGUAUGGCUGAAACUCAUUAUAUUUCUUUUGUAAGCACUGACGCUGAGGUAGGCAUUGUGUAAAUGAGUACCUGCAUCUACCCACAGGAAGACUUAUAGUGUAAUAGCUCCUGGAGACCUUACUGUUUCCCUCUUUGUCUUCUUGGCUUGUUUCCAUGUUUUCUCUGAAAACAAAACAAAACAAAAAACCCAAGAUGAACUCAGUGUUCAGUGAUCUUAUAGUAAAGCAACAUGUUAAAAAAAUCUUUCCCACAUAAAAGUAUAGCAUUGUGGACUUAAUGUAACUUGCUUAGCUUUGUUUUGUGACAUGAGAUUUUACAUACGGUGUUUUAUUAGGAUGAGGCCAUGCCUACUAUUGAAGGCAUGCCUCUGCCAUCUGUGAAACUCAAUAAACAUACAGUUAAAAUUUCA